AUGUCUCCCAAAAAAUAUGUAAAAAUAAAAAAAACUAGAGCUUUAAGAGGAGCUGUGUAUGAUAGUCAUGAUAGCAACAAAAAAGAGAGCAAUUUUCAUAAAGGUAGACUUAAAGACACACACAAAAAUUCUAAUGAUAAAGAUGGUUACGUUGAUUGCUUACAUGAAGAUUCCAAUGAUAAGGAUGGUUACGUUGAUUGCUUACAUGAAGAUUCCAAUGAUAAGGAUGGUUACGUUGAUUGCUUACAUGAAGAUUCCAAUGAUAAGGAUGGUUAUGUUGAUUGCUUACAUGAAGAUUCUAAUGAUAAGGAUGGUUACGUUGAAUGCUUACAUGAAGAUUCCAAUGAUAAGGACAGUUACAUUGAUUGCUUACAUGAAGAUGCUAAUGAUAAAGAUGGUUACAUUGAUUGCCUACAGGAAGAUUCCAAUGAUGGUGACAUUGAUUGCUUUAAUGAAGGUGCUAAUGAUGCAGUAAUAAUGAAGACAUUGGCUACUUCAAUUGUUUGA